GUUGAUGAAGUACUGUCAAAAAAUCGGCUGAAUUAUUUGAUUCGACUCGUUGUGUCUACCUGGGAUGGUCUGUCUCAUCACAUGAUAUAUGUGAGAGAUAGAAAACGGAAGUCUGUAGAAGUACAUGGUCGUUUUGUCUAACAACAGGUAAUAUGGGAAGCUACAUAAACUGUAUAACUUAAUUUUAGUUUUUUUUUUAUCAGUUUAAGCGUUAAGGACCAUUGAAUAAUUUAAGUGCUCGAAUUACCUGGAGAACUUCUAAAGAACAUUAUGGCAACAGCUUCACCACCGGUAGAAGAGCUUCCUUCAGGCCUGCCUCCACUACCUUCAUAUGAAGAAGCUGUGAGGCUCCCAAACAUCCCGAACCCAGUGCCACCUCCACCAGACUAUGCCAAGACCAUGCAAGAGUCGUAUCCACCACAGGUGAACAGUCCACCCCCAGUAAUUAGUCCACCACAAGUGACUGUGCAGAACGUGGUCUGGGAGCAGGCUCUGGGGGAGGGUCCAGUGCAGAUCCAGUGUCCAGCGUGCCUGCAGGUGGUGGUGACCCGGCUGGAGCACAGCUCCGGCAUCCUCACCUGGGUCCUCUGUGCUAGCCUCUUUAUCGUGGGCUGUUCCUAUGGGUGCUGCCUGAUUCCGUUCUGUUGGGACGGACUGAAGGACGUGACACAUUACUGUCCCAGCUGCAACUACGUCCUGGGAGUCUUCAGGCGCUUGUGAUGUCAGAGAGCAGCAAAGCCUGCUUCUAGGGAUGGGCUCUAGGCUCACUAUGACUGUCCUGAGUAAGUGUAAUUAGGGAUCGUGGCAAUUAAGAAACACUAGUAACACUUGGACACUUUCAUGCAUAUAAAAAACUUUCUCAGAAUUAUUACCAGCUCGUUUUCAGACUUAGGAAGUCUUGAGAAUUGUAACAAAUCAAAGCCUGAUGAACAUUGAACUGAAUCGAAUCUUGUAUUUAUCGUCAAUCUGAAUGAAUGUGAAAUUAUUACCUCGAAUUCUGUUCAACUUAGCAGUCAAUAAGGAAUUAUCUCCUCGGCGGAAUGAAGCAGAUGUAUUUUGCUGUGGGUGGUUGCUAAUGGCAAAUGACUGGUUUGGAUUCAAACUGUUUUUAGUGACUGGAAUUCUGUUUAUAUGAAGGGACAUUCUUUGGUGCUUAAUCUGUGGUUAUAAGGGCAUUAAAAUGUGGCUGUUUUGAA